CAGGAAAUCAUCGAAAAUCACAUGAAAAUGGCUACUUCCAAGUUUAAGGCGUCGCUAAUACUGUUAGCGUUAUUUGCGAUAUUAUUAUUGGCUUGUGCUACAAGUGACAACAAGACCAAACAGCCAUCAAACAACAUGGUAGGUGACUUGGUUAUGCGUCUCAGUCUAAUAAGGACGACAACGUAUGUAAAUUUUUUUAAAGAUGUUCAGGAAAAAAUGGCGUAUUGAAUAAACAGUCUUAGUUCAAAUUCUCACUGUUAACAGUACUUCCUGUUUUACAACUUAAACUUUUAAGGUAACAGGUCUAAAUUUCAGCGGACACGCCAGAUCGUAUUCCUUUCAGUGUUUUAGCUUUGAAAUAAAAUUCAAAAUGUAAUGGCUCUAAUCUACAAGGAAAGAAAUUGUGGAGCUGCUCAAUUUGACUAAUGAUGUCAACCUGACAAAGCCUGUCAAUUGACAAAUAUGAACUUUAUCAAUUCUACUUUGAAUUUACCAGGCCUCUCCCGUCUACUAUGCUGGGAUUCCCGGCAUGCAUGGCAAACCCGGUUCCCCUGGGAUACCAGGCCGCGACGGACGAGAUGGCCGUGAAGGAGCCAAAGGUGACCAAGGUAUCCCAGGGAAGACUGGACCCCAGGGGCCUCCGGGACCGAGCGGAAACCCUGGUGUUAAUGGAAAUGAUGGCGCUAAAGGAGAACGCGGAGCCCAAGGACCCCCAGGACAAAAGGGGGAACGCGGGGAGAGUGGAUUAAGUGGAACCCCUGGGAAUCCAGGUCGGAUGGCUUUUAAGAACUGGAAGGAAUGCGUUUGGAAAAACAUCAAUGAUGACAAAGAUAAUGGGCUGAUCAAGGUAAACACAUUUUUUUUUACCCGUUCAUUACAUCAAGUCUAAUCAAGGUUAAAGAGAAGUUUUUUAUUUGUUUUCAUAAAGAAGGAAAACUAAUAACCAUUGCCUAAUAAUAAUUAUAUAAAUAGUAACAAUAAUAAUAAUACUAUAGUAAGAAUUUAUUGACGAUAUAUCCAUUACCAGAAAUAUGGCUCAUCACUGGUUAGUAACUAAUACACUAUCACUUUCAUACUAAUUUAUAAAAUCAAUUAAGUGUAGGUUAUCAUUACCAUAAAACAACAUCUUGCUAUAAAAUUAUGAAAAAUUAAAUGAUAAUGGAACAAUAGCAUCAAAAAUCAAAGAAAAACUAAGGGACAAGAAGAAGAAGCCUAAGGGCGUGAAUAAAUCAUAACCAUUUCAUUUCAUUUCAUUUCAUUUCCCUUGCCUCAAAGCACAGAAGACUGUUUAGUGGUACAUUUUUACUAGCAUAUCUGUUUCGUUUUUCGCACAGGAAUGUGUGUUCAGCAAAAACUUCUCUGACACAGCCCUUCAUGUGUACUGGACUGGUACACUUAGAGUCCAUGCUAAUGUUGCCUGUAAACGCUGGUACUUUACUUUCAACGGUGCAGAAUGUUCCGCUCCCCUCCCUAUUGAUGGUGUUGUGUACGUGGUCAGCAAAUCUCAAGACCCUCAUCGCGUCCGCCACAUUGAAGGCUACUGUAAUAACAUUCACAAAGGAAAGGUGCGCGUGGGAUUCUGGGUUGGUAAAUGCGAUGGGUACAGUCAUGGAAACUAUGACGCCUUUACUGGAUGGCAUUCUGUGUCCCGCAUAUUCGUAGAGGAGGUACCCAAAGCUCAAGCUUAGACUUCCAGAGGAGAUAGACCCUCCCGCAUAUUAACCAAACAGGGACAGCAAAUAAUAGCGCUUUCAUUUGUGGGAUACUACAGUUAAUUGCUUUGUAGCUGUGUAAAGUUUGCUCAUAAUAAACAAGUUGCGGGAGGCAGUCAAAGAAAAUAAAAUGUUUGAUUUUUAUUACAGCUCAGAUUUGAAGAAAUACAUAAAGUGUAAAAAUAUAAAUAGAUUAACGCGGGCUUUACUGAAUCCCAUUUUCCGCUGAGACAACCUAAGCUAAGAAAAGGUCAAAAGAAGGUUAUAUUGUUUGGUAGUUUUUGCAGAUUUCUUCUCUGUUAUAAACAUGAACAAGCUGUCUCCUACUUAAAUCUCAUUUUCGUCAUUCAAAUUUCCGCACAGAGACUGGUGGGGCAUUAAAAACAAGGAUGCAACUUCUCCCUCUGUUCCUGCCCUCACGCUCCACCUGUUUGCACUAAGUCAUUCCAUAUGCUUCGUUCCGAACGACUUUUCGAAUUGCCGUGGGGGAAGGUCAGGGUUUUCAACUCUCGGCGGCACCCAGACCCCCUAUGCCAAGACGUGGGUUAAUUCUACCUAACCCCUCGGAUUACGCGCUUUCGGGAAAGCGUGACAGAGCUUACCGUAAAGUGUAAACGUGUAAACAGAGGCUUGUUCAAAAUGGCCGUACAAACAAUCCCCAUUCUUUUUCCUUCCUCUUCUUCGGAUUUCAUACAUUUAAGCUUGAAUUUUUUAAGUUAUAAAUUGUCCAAAAUCUGUCAGACAAUCACAAUGUAAUAGUUUUUUUCAAUGUUUGAAAUAUUGUGGGAGAAAAAAACGAAAAAAGGACGAUUCAUUUUAAGCCAAACCGAAUGGAAUAAAAAUGUUAUUCUAACGUCAAUGUGCCUUGUCAGAAAAACUAUCAAAUAGAAAUUAAAUAAACAGAAGCAGAAAGGCUGUACACUGCAAAAGAGAUUAUCAUUAUUAGCGGCUAAUUAUAACACGAUGCUUUCGCAACCUCUUCCCAGAGUCUUCUCGUUUUACCGGGCGACAUAAUAGUGCGGUUUUUUAGUCCUGCCGGUCACCGCCAUAUUUGAAAACGAGAAGACCCUGGGGCAAAGUCGGAGAUCGCUAAUUCCACAUCUUCUCAAGUAUAAUGCAUCUUGUUUGCCCCCCAAAAUUUGCACAUGCAUUGUUUUCAGUUUCUCCUGGGAAAGCUGUAAUACCCAGAAGAGAUUAAAAAAACAGAGGUUACGCAAUAUUUUUGUUUGGGGGGUGGGGCGGGGGGAGGAUGGAGGCAAAGAAGGUGCCAUUAUGGGAGAUGUGCAAAUAGCGAAUUCUUUUCAUCUCAACACAGGAACCUUAAGUCGAAAUUAUCGACAGGGUGACGCAUUUCAGAUCAAGAGUAUUGUUUGAGAAUUCAAAAUGAAGGUAAGAUUCCUCAAAGUCAUAUUUAUCCGAAAGCAUCAUUUGUGUUGGGGAGUUUCAGAGCGAUUUUAUCGAGUCAUUCUGCCUACUUUUGUCCUCUUUCCAGACGAUGUAGAAUUUCAUGUUUUCCCGUCUACAAGUUGGUACCUUUUUAUGUAAAUAGUAACAAAAAGCCUAAUACGUCGAUGUCCUCUAUAGUGGCCUUUUCAAAUAUUUUUCAUGACACUGAUUUUGUUGCUUUUAUUUUCGGUAUGGAAAGAUGUGAUUAUACUUUUUAGAACCGUCAAGUAAGUUUUACAAAAGAAGAAACAAUACAGAUGUAUACAAGCGAGUUCGGUUUUGGAAAUAACGUGAUAUGUAAAUAAUUUACAUAAAUACAAAUUUCGUCCUUAGCUCUUUCUAUUUAGAAAUGUGGAAAUUUCGCUUUGAAAACAAAAUUUCAUUAUUAAGAAGAGGCGGUAUUAAAUAUAUGAAGAAAAGUGUGUGUUUCAUUAUCGCCUUUGGUUGCCGUAGAGUCAAUUUUUACUGCCAUUUCACUGUAUCGAAAUGUGUGAUCCUUUUAUAUUAUAUACGAAAACUCGGCAAUCAAUUUUACAAAUUAAGUGCGAUAUAUGUCUUACUAAACCGAUAUACAGAGAAAAUAUUUGGGAAGCUUGGCCCCUUGCAUGCCGGCCCUGUACUACACAUGGCAAGUGAUUUACAGGCGAAUGCUUUUAUUUCUUAACGUCACAAAAAGCUAAAAAAUUUGCAUCUGUUACAGAAAAACAAUAAGUUAUCGCUUGUCAUUUAAUUUGACUGCACAGUCAAAUGUAGUAAUUAUUGAGAUUUGAUUUUACAACACCAAGAUACUGGGAUAAAUGGAAUUUAACACGCCCAGAUUUACAUUGUAAAAAUAUUUAGCAGAUUAUUAUUACUCAUUACACAGUCAAGUAGAAGUACACAGCUUUUAGCUAUAAAUCAAUUUCUAUACAUAUAUAACAUCGUCCUGGUUGAUUGCGCAUCUCGGUGAUUUCAACUAGAAAGUCGAUUUUGUGUUUUCUAUAUAUUUCGAUCAUGUACUUCUGACUGUCUCCAAGCAAAGAAGAAAAUGCGUCACAGAGGGUCUUAGAGUGAUUUUACUUGAACCGUGAAAUAGAUACUAACAAAGCAAAAUAGCGAAAGGUAAACAAAAGAAGACUAUAGAAUUAGUGCAUAACAGUGCGCAGUAUUCUACUACCUAUUUCAGGCUUGAAGUUAAAUCACUCUACGGUUAAAAUCUGUUAAUGCAACGCGAACACAUGUGAUAAAGCUGAUAACUUUUAUGUGGCGUUUAUACUUGUAAACGUAAAUUGCUGGAAGGAAUCCGAAGUUUGAACGAAGGCCAGUUGUCCUGCAACAAGGAGCGCAACUGUAUUCCUGAACGACCGAUUUCUAGUUUUUCGCGUGAAUUCGCGGAUUUGUCUGCCGAUUGGCGAUUCAAGCACAUACUACUACUUCUCUUGACGUGCCUAUUGGAAACAGCCAAUCAAAUUCUCGAGCAGGGUGGGCCAGGAGAGAGAAUACAAAAUUGCCCUCAGUAGAAAUACUGAGGGCUGACUGCAUUACACCACAAUUAGCAAAGGGGUCAGCCUUGCCCUUAUGUUGCCAUUUGUUUUUGCGAUUUCUUACUUUCUGCUUAAGAAAUAACUAUGAUUUUGAAAUGUAACUAACUAUGAGAAUAAUCGGAUAAUUUAUAAUAACGAUCAAGUCCUAAGGGUCAACAACAAAGCUCUUGAAGGAACUUCCUUUUCAGCGCCCCUAGUCAACAAUAAACUUGUUCAAACUCGAAUCAAACAAUGUCAACAAAAGAUGGAAAAUGAUGAAAAGGAGUUCAUUCACUGCGGUUUGUUCAUUCAAGGGUUCUUGGGCGAAAAAGAAGACUUUCUACUCCUCUGCAGGUAUGUCUUACAGUCUCUUUCUUUAGUGUUUUGUCGUGCAAAACCAAAGCAGAAGUAGAAGUCGCCCUCUCCAAGUUUACUCGAUUCAGCCUAAAUUGAAAAUAGAAACUGCUAUUCCCCAUACGAGCGCGCAGCCCUCUCAUUUGUCAGUUUUCUAACAGCUCUGUUCACGAGUACCUUAAAUUUGAAAUCGCAGAAUACAAAAGAGUCAGUUACGGCUCUGAAAUAGUUUUUCGUCGCACAUUAGUUCAAAAACAUUUCUUUACAAGAAACUGACAGAAGCCGCCUGUUGCGGAUGCGGGCACUCGCCAUUUCGCGAACUGUUUUCUAAUGGCUAAAUCCGCCAGUCUCUGGAGUUUGAAAGCCCCGGAACAAAAAGUCAUUUGCGCUGUGGAAAGUAACUGAUUUCCCAUUGUUCUGGGAGCAGGAAAUGGAACUGGAACUCUGUCGUUUUGCGAGGCGUUUAUCGUGGAUGAAUAUACUCUGUCUGGUGAUUACUGAAUUAUGAUAUGUGUGCCCAUUUUUGUAAAUGGAAGGGAGAGAGAUACUUUGGAGCAGAUGAUAUUUUGAUAACAUCUUCUUGCUCUUCAAAUUAAGAAGAUUUAAGCAAAACAAGAAUGGCACGAACUAAGUUUUAGCAGAAAAGCAAUGCCAAAUAACAAUGGCCACAAUCUUGGAGUCAUUCUUCCGUGAACGAAUUGUAGCGCGUUUAGAAUUCAUGGUUACGUUGGGUUCUGAAGUCUUUGUUUUGUUGAAUUAGGAAAAGACUAAACAGAAAAAAAAAAUCAAAAAUCUUUAGAGAAGAUAAACUUCUCAGUAAAAUUCUAUGCAAUAGCUUUCAUCACUGGUUUUAAAUUAAUCCAAAAAAAACACGUUUGGUAUAAAUAUUUACUCACGAAAGUCCGCCUGUUCUUCAAAAAACAGGGCGAGAAUCAGUUGCCUUUUUAUUUUUGGCGUAACUUAAUUUCGCGGGCCGUCAGAUAUCUUUUAUUUAUUCAAGCAAGAGGACUUUUUCUCCCCUUGUUGUAUUUUACAUAUCAACUCUUUUGAGUUUCGUAUUAUAAUGUUUUCAAUCUUGUUCGCAGGAAAGCACGAAAAAAUGGCAACUUACCCGUUUAAGAUGUCGCUUUGUCUGAUAGCGUUGUUUGCCAUAUUAUUCUUGGUUUGUGCAACAAGUGGCAACAAAACCAAUCAACCAUCAAACAACAUGGUAGGUGACACAGAAACUGCCUGUGAUAAGUCAGACAAAAAUAUAUGUAAAUUUCUGACGAUGUACAUGAAAACUUGGCGCAUUGAAUAAACAAUCUUAAUUCAAAUAUCAUUGUUCAACAGUACUUCCUGUAAACAUUAUUACGCAGCAAAUGAGACUUCUAAGCUAAAAAGUAUACAAUUUUACUGAAACGCAAAAUCGUAUUAUUUACAGUGUUAUAUCGUUGAGGAAAAUCUAUAAUGUGCGGUUCUUACGUGCAAAAAAGGGAAUUGUAACAGCUGCUCAAUUUAGGUAAUGAUAUCAUCAAAGCCGAUUGACAAAUUUGUAGUUUAUUUUUCCUCCAAUUUACCAGGCCCCUCCCGUCUACUAUGCUGGUAUUCCCGGCUUGCAUGGCAAACCUGGUUCCCCUGGAAUACCAGGCCGCGACGGACGAGAUGGCCGUGAGGGAGCCAAAGGUGACCAAGGUAUCCCAGGGAAGACUGGACCCCAGGGGCCUCCAGGACCUAGCGGAAACUCUGGUGUUAAUGGAAAGGAUGGCGUUAAAGGGGAACGCGGAGCCCAAGGACCCCCAGGACAAAAAGGGGAACGCGGGGAAAGUGGAUUAAGAGGAACCCCUGGGAAUCCAGGUCUGAUGGCUUUUAAGAACUGGAAGGAAUGCGUUUGGAAAAACAUCAAUGAUGGCAAAGAUAACGGGCUGAUCAAGGUAAACACAUUUUUUUUACCCGUUCAUUACAUCAAGUCUAAUCAGGGUUAAAGAGAAGUUUUUUAUUUGUUUUCAUAAAGAAGGAAAAAUAAUAACCACUGCCUAAUAAUAAUAAUAUAAAUAAUAACAAUAAUAAUACUAGAGAAAUAUGGCUCUUCACUUAGUAACUAAUACAUUAUCACCUUCAUACUCAGUAAUUUAAAAAAUCAAUUGGGUGUAAGUUAUCAUUACCAUAAAACAAGAUCUUGCUAUGAAAUUAUGAAAAAUGAAAUGAUAAUGAAACAAUAGCGUCAAAAACCAAAGAAAAACUAGGGGACAAAAGAUAUAGAAGAAGCUUAAGGGCGUGAAUAGAUCAUGACCAGUUUUCAUUUCCCUUGUCUCUAAGCACACAAGACAACUGUUUAGUGGUAUAUUUUUACUAGAAUAUCUGUUUCUCUUUUUUUGUAUAGGAAUGUGUGUUCAGCAAAAAUUUCUCUGACACAGCCCUUCAUGUAUAUUGGACUGGUACACUUAGAGUACGUGCAAGCACUGGCUGUAAACGCUGGUACUUUACUUUCAACGGUGCAGAAUGUUCCGCUCCCCUACCCAUUGAUGGCGUUGUUUACGUCCGCAGCACAACUGUAGAUCCUCAUCGAGUCCGCCACAUUGAAGGCUACUGUAAUAACAUUCACAAAGGAAAGGUGCGAGUGGGAUUCUGGGUUGGUAAAUGCGAAGGGUACAAUGGAAACUAUGACGCCUACACUGGAUUGAAUUCUGUGUCCCGCAUCUUUGUAGAGGAGGUUCCCAAAGCUCAAGCUUAGAACUUCAAGCGGUGCAUCCACUCCUGCAUAUUAACCAGACAUGGACAGUAAACAAUAGCGCUUCUAUUUGUGGGAUACUACAGUUAAUUGCUUUGUAACUGUGUAAAGUUUGCUCAUAAUAAACAUGUUGCAGGAG